CGUCUCCGCCCAGCCUGGCCCUCCUUGCACCCUGCCGCAGCGGCGCUGGACCACGGCCGCUUCGGAAGCACCUCUCCCGCAGUUAUGGAGAAAAUUUCUACAGAUGCGUUUCCUCUCACUAUGCAUUCUUCAGAAAAGCAAGAGACUAUAUGUAUUUUUGGAACUGGAGAUUUUGGAAGAUCACUGGGACUUAAAAUGCUCCAGUGUGGUUAUUCUAUUGUUUUUGGAAGUCGAACCCCCCGGAUGUCCAGCCUGCUGCCCAAUGGUGCAGAGGUCAUGAGCUACUCUGAUGCGGCCCAGAAAUCUGACAUUAUAAUCAUAGCAGUACACAGGGAACAUUACGAUUUUCUCACAGAAUUAACCGAGGUUCUCAAUGGGAAAAUAUUGGUCGACGUCAGCAACAACCUCAAAAUCAAUCAGUAUCCAGAGUCAAAUGCAGAGUACCUUGCUCAGUUGGUGCCGGGAACUCACGUGGUAAAAGCAUUUAACACCAUCUCAGCCUGGGCUCUCCAGUCAGGGGCACUGGAUGCAAGUCGGCAGGUGUUUAUCUGUGGAAAUGACAGCAAAGCCAAGCAAAGAGUGAUGGAUGUCGUUCGUAGUCUUGGACUUACUCCAUUGGAUAAAGGAUCUCUCGUGGCAGCCAAUGAAAUUGAAAACUACCCACUACAACUAUUUCCAAUGUGGAAGUUCCCCUUCUAUUUGUCAGCUGUUCUGUGUGUCUUCUUCUUUUUCUACUGUGUAAUAAGAGAAGUAAUCUACCCUUAUGUUCAUGAAAAAAGAGACAGGACAUUCCGUCUGCCUAUUUCUAUUCCAAAUCGUGUCUUUCCAAUAGCAGCACUCACACUGCUCGCCUUGGUUUACCUUCCUGGUGUUAUUGCUGCCAUUCUUCAGCUGUACCGAGGUACAAAAUACCGCCGAUUCCCAGACUGGCUUGACCACUGGAUGCUUUGCAGAAAACAGCUUGGCUUGAUAGCGCUGGGAUUUGCCUUCCUUCAUGUCCUCUACACACUUGUGAUCCCUAUUCGUUAUUAUGUACGAUGGACAUGGAACAACAGAACCGUUACCCAGGCAAUAACCAAGAAAGAAGAUCCAUUUAGUACCACUACCUCCUGGCUCAGGGAUUCAUAUGUUGCUUUGGGAAUGCUUGGAUUUUUCCUGUUUGUACUCUUGGGAAUCACUUCCUUGCCAUCAGUUAGCAACACGGUCAACUGGAGAGAGUUCCGAUUUGUCCAGUCCAAACUGGGUUAUUUGACCCUGAUCUUGUGCACAGCCCACACCUUGGUGUACGGUGGGAAGAGAUUCCUCAACCCUUCGAACCUUGUGUGGUAUCUCCCUUCAGCCUAUGUGAUUGCGCUGAUCAUCCCUUGCACAGUGCUGGUGAUCAAGUUCAUCCUCAUCCUGCCAUGUAUAGACAAGACCCUUAUGCGGAUCCGCCAGGGUUGGGAAAGGAACCCGAAAUACUCAGAAUCGGUACUGAAUGGAAAAACAGAUAUUUAAAGCAAAGUUCAAUUCACCUGGACUUCUUAACUAUGGUGUUGCAUGUUAAGAGAAGAAGAAUUAGUGCAGUGAAGAAAGUAUUUUUCUCCCACCAUGGGCUGAAGUUUGUGAACAGAGGAAGAAAUCAUGCCUGACUUUGAGAAAUGGGACACCAUUUUAAUCUCAGGUCCAUGUUGAGUCACUGCUGGUCUCUGCCUCUCCUUUUGCUGGAGGUGAGGGGCUGAAUCACCAUUAGCUUUGUGGUUUCACAAUAAGAAGCUUCUUUGCUGUGGGCAACAUACAUGACCUAAUGUCUUGCAAAAUCCAGGGGAAGUACAUGCAGUUUCCUUCUCUGGUUCAAGGGCUAAGUAGAGUGAAAGAGAAAAUACUAAGAUGGUGGCCGCUGACAAGGGAUUUAUUAGAUUGGUCUGAAAAAGAGGGCCAAGGAUGCAAAAGGAAUGAAAUUUUUAUUCUGGCUUUUGGAAGUGCAGGUGAUUAUAAAUAUUGCCAUGGUAAAUUCUGUAGUUACGUGUGCUUUUUGAUAUUUUUUUUACCAACCUGGAUAGGUAGUAUGGGGAAUUAUUUUAUAAAACAAUAAAAAUUUCACAAUAGAUUAGAAAUAAUCAUAGACUGGAUAUAUGCAAACUUAUACAGUUGUCACAAAAUCAUUCCUCCACAAAGGAAUAAGUAUAAAAAGAUUGAGUUAAAAAUGAGGGAUAUCCACUUGGAUUUUCUCAAUGUACCAUAAGUGAAGAAGAGUUGAUAAAAGCCCUUGUGCAAAAAGUUAAAAAAAAAAUUAAAUAAGUUUUAUAAAGUUUGUACUACAUCAGGUUUACUAUUAUUUAGGUUUUGUGCUAUGCUUUGUAAAUAACAUAUUCCAAAUUUGUUCAAUAUUAAUCAUCUAUGAAAUGAAUUGCUAGUGUAAAAAAGUAGCUUCUAUAAUUUGUCAUAGUUUGUUAUAAAUUUAAGCAGUGAAAUUAAAUGAAUAACAAAAGUGUAAAUUGGACCAAAACACAGAUGAGAGAGAAUUUUGAAGUCUUAGGCAGGAGGGUGUGAGAGCAGCAGUUUGUAAUAGGAGACUUGGUUCUUUCUCAAGUCCUAGCUGGAAGGCAGGAUGCUUCUCUAUGCUUUUCUGUGAUAAUGAUGCCAUUUCCAAGAUGACCUUCAGCAGGAUUAGCCUUCCUGGCUCAUAUAUGGAGCUGACAGGAGCCUUAUGUAUGACCUUUCCACAAGCCGAAAUAACCAAAAGGCUUUGGAUUUGACAAUUUUCUGCCUGCCUCACACAGGCCAUUUCUUUUACUUUUUAUUUUCACUAUCAUAUAUUCUAUAUGACAUUAUACAAAAUGAUUACAAUAUAUUAAAACAUCACCCAUAAUCCAGAAUAUUUUUCUAUAAAACUUUUUGAAAAUAGUUCUACCUAUACUGUAUAUUCAAUUGUGUAUCCUUCCUUUUUCACUUAAUAUACUGUGGCUUUGUUUGCUUACUUACAUGCUAUAUGUAUUGAAUCAGUGGCUUCAUGAUAUUAUAUCAAAUAUGCAUUUAUUUUACCACUGCUCUAAUUCAACAUUUAAGUUAUAUCCAUUUUUUACUAAAACAACAUUUCAGAGGCUACCUUAGCACUUAUAACUUUAGUGCAUAUUUUAAGUUACUUCUUCAGAAUACUUGUGAAGAAUUGUGAUUAAAAAUUAAAAAACAUUGAA